CCAAGUUCCAGAGGCUCUGACCCAAUCGGCCAGUGUCAGGCAUAUAUGGAGUAUGGAAUGUCCCGGUCAGGACAUUUUUACAUUCUUCCCGCGGAGACUUCCACUUCAAUGUGCCCCAAGUCCUGACUCCCCUUCAAUCACCGGUUCACCAUGGAUUCAUCGUCCUCUAAUAGUGAUAGUCAACCACACUCGGCCACUGCAAAACUCUCGAUAAGAAUAUCCCGUGAUGCCUGCAGGAAGAAGAAAGUGCGAUGUGAUGGAGCGCGGCCAACUUGCUCCCGAUGUAAUUCGUCAAGCAAAGGAUGUGUUUACUCGCAACGAAUGCCGAUGGGUCGUCCGCGGUCGCGACACACUGUUGUACAGAAGAGUCAAUCCUAUCGGUCCGCGCGACUUCUGUGCCCAACACCUCCAGCAAACCAACACUUGAGGACUGAUAUAGAGGCUGGGGAACGAGAUGUAGAGCCAGUAGUCGACUCGACUACAGCCUCGACACUUCCCCAGGACCUUCCCACUCGAGUUACGGAUAUUGGGAGCCAAUUCAUCCCUAGCCCUCUUGAAGUCACAACACCACAACUUUCCUCCACACUUGCCGGCCAACCUGACGGUGAUCGGUGCGCUUGCAUUUCCGUAUUAUACCUGAUACUAGAGCAGCUCCAAGUAAAAACACAAUGGAGAGCCCCCGACGACCUCAUUCUUCUACGUUCAUCCAUCACAAGAGCCACAUCCGUUCUAGACUGUCCCCAGUGCCCCCAACGGUUCUUCUGCGUCAUCCAGAACGCAGUGUUCCUCGGAGUAGUUUGCAUGUGCAUUGCAGAAUGCUACGCAAGGAUCGUUGGAGUCAUCGAGGAAGAAGAGUCCCAAGCCUCGAGGGCCGGCCUCAUCUCAGGCGUAGUUGGACUGGACAACGUGAGAGGCUGCAGCCCUUGGGACUCCUCUCGCGCAGCAAGCUCCUCGAACAGGCCUUCGAAAUGAGCCAGCUCCGUCUGCCGUACCUCGGCUAUUUUGUUUCCAUUCGCGAUCAUUUCUUCCAGGAUGGAAUGGGCUUCUUUGCUAUA